CUGCGUUGGAAACCGCACUGCCACGACGUACAUCAGAAAAUAUGCUCCAAUACGUCGGACAUCAUAAACCUAGCUUGUCCAAAUAUACUGCAUUUUCAAUUUAGAGCAUUUCUUGACUCUGAAAUUCGAGUAUUUGACGCCCAUUUGAAGCAAGUGACAUGGAUGGACGAAAAAUCGAGAGCAGCCGCCAUUCUAAAGGCCGACAACAUCCAGUAUAACGUUGGAUAUCCUAGGUGGAUUUUGAAUGACACGAAAUUGGAUCGAUUCUACGAGCCGUUAUCAGUGAAAAGCACUGAAGACAUUUUCGACUGCAUGUUGAAUCUGUAUGCGUUUGCCGCUGACAAAAAUUUUGAAAGGAUGGCGCAGAAGCCGGUACGGGAUGAUUUCCAGAUGACCGUGGCCACCGUCAACGCCUGGUACUCGCCGGAAUAUAAUUCGAUUACGAUUCCUGCUAGCAUCAUGAAUGCACCAUUUUUCCGAGUAGACUACCCCGCGGCCAAGAACUUUGGAGCGAUGGGCUCCAUCAUAGGACAUGAACUGAUACACGGCUAUGACAAUCAGGGUAUGAAAUACAACUACAACGGGACUCGCGAAACCUGGAUGACGGAUGAAUCGAAAGCUGGCUUCGACAACAUGAGUGACUGCAUCGUUGAGCAGUACAACAAAACCUGCUAUCCUUACAUGAGCAUGUGCGUCAACGGUAACCAAACUUUGGGAGAAAACAUCGCCGAUAUUGGCGGCAUUAAAGUGGCCUUCUACGCCUAUCAGAAGUACGUCAGUGAGCACGGAAAAGAACCGAGACUUCCAGGACUGGAAGACUUUUCCAUGGAGAAGAUCUUCUUCUUGUCGUUCGCUCAGCUAUGGUGCGAAAAACAGUCGAUAACCUCACUCUAUCUUCAGAUCAUUCAGGACGAGCACAGCCCGGCCAAAGUUCGAGUCAUAAACACGUUGAGAAAUUUCAACGAAUUUAGCAAAACCUUUGGUUGCAAACCUGGUGCAGCCAUGAAUCCG